AUGCCUAACACCGUAGAUGAGUGGGAUUUGGUGCCGUUUGAAUUGAACGAAUAUUUUGAGGCACUGAGUACUGUCGUCACGGGAAUUGCGCCGACACUGAUGGUCGCUAAAAUCAGUCUUUCUUCUUCGCCCAACGCACAUGCAUCGACAACUCACCAGAUAUCUGGUCUACAAUUCCAAUCGAAUCUGUACCCAGCCGAAAAUGAAAGCGAGAAGGAUGACGUCUGA